UGUUGUUCUUGUUGUUAUUGUUGUAAUUAUUAUUACUUCGGAGUAAUUAUAUAUUUAAAUUAGUAAUUAUAGACAUAAUUAUGACUAUACAAAUAAAUAUUAUAAUUAUAAUUACAAUAAUAAUAAUAAUUAUAAAAUUAAUCAUAAUUAAAAAUAUAAUUACAUUUAUAAUUGUAUCUGUAUUUAUAAUUAGUGUAAUUGGUAUAAUUAUUAUAAUUUUAAAUUUAAUUUUAAUUUUUUUUAAUUAUGAUUAUAAUUGUAAUUUUAUUUAAGUUAUAUUUUUAAUUACAAUUAUAAAUCUAAUAAUUAUAAUUGUAAUUACAAUUACAAUUAUAGAAAUAUUCAAAUCAGAUCAGAAAGAUUCAGAUCAGAAGAAUUCAUAUCAGAUCAGAAACAUUCAGAUCAGAUCAGAAACAUUCAGAUCAGAUCAGAUCAGAUCAGAUCAGAUCAGAUCAGCAACAUUCAGAUCAGUUCAGCAACAUUCAAAUCAGAUCAGAAAGAUUCAGAUCAGAUCAGAAAGAUUCAGAUCAGAUCAGAUCAGAUCAGAAAGAUUCAGAUCAGAUCAGAUCAGAAAAAUUCAGAUCAGAUCAGAUCAGAACUUAAAAAAUUCAAAUCAGAAACAUUCAGAUCAGGUGAACGGAACAGCUUCUUAGUCUUGAAAGCAGACCCGGUCGGGGUUAAAGGGGAAGUUGAGGGCGGAAUCUAUUUCUUAGCGGUGGCAAGGGUGGUUACAGAUAAAUCUGUCCGGCCAAUUUCUCUUUGUGAAACUAUGGUCAAGGUCUGAAGGCCGGUUCGGGGUGUCACUAUUGAGGAGAUUGGUACUUCUAAAUUUCUUCUCCAGUUUUAUCAUGAAGCAGACAUUAACCGCGUAGUCGAGGAGGGUCAUUGGUCUUUUGACCAGAACUUAGUAGUGAUUCGGCGCUUAGGGCGUACUAAUAGACUUUCUGGAAUGUCCUUGGACUGUGCAGAUUUUUGGGUACAUGUUCAUAAUUUACCUUGGGGUAUAUGACAGCUAAAGUUGCCCAUGGAAUUGGAAACAGCAUAGGGAAGUUUGUCAAAGUAGAUGAGCGUUAUCUUGGGGGUAAACACAGCUGAUUGAUCUUGCGCAUAAGAGUUACAAUUAAUAUUAAUAUAGUUUUGGCUCAAAGAUUGCAGGUUAGACAAGAAGGAGAUAACUGGACAUGGGCAGAUUUUAGAUAUGAGAGACUUCCUAAAUUUUGCUAUGUAUGUGGUUUACUCGGCCAUAUUGACCGUUUCUGCCUAUCUAAUUUACACAACUGUCACUGGACUGGGGAGAAGCCAUUUGGGUCAUGGCUACGUGCUGAUAUGAGACGGUGUGGAGUGCAUCCAGGGAACAGGUGGUUAAUACCCAAGCAGGGAAAGGUGGAAAGUGUGUGCAACUCAAGAGGAGAUAUGGUAACCCCGGGUAGCUAUGUGGUACAAGGUUUAACCUCCAAUGGUGAGGAGGUAAUGCAUCUGAAGGAAGACCAUAAAAAAUGUAGGGCGGUAGAAGUGGCCAUUGAUGAGGACAUCCAAGAAAAUAGAGAUGAAAAACUUGUGAGUCGAGAAGAAGUGGCGGUUGACUCUGUCAAGCCAGUGAUGGGGGACCUCUAUGACAAAGAAGAUGAACCUUUGACGGUGGCUGGACAAACCGCACUUUCCUUACCGGUGGCUGGAAAAACUGGAUCUCGUUUUUCUUAUUAUUGCUCUUUUUUCCAGAACUCUUUAGUUACUUUUAUUAUUCAUUCUAGUAGCAGGUGCAACAGUGUUGUUAGUGCAGUCUACCAUCUUGUGGGGUUAGCGAGUUGGGUCGUUUUUCAUCGAUCUUUCUGCUCUAUGUCUCAUCCCAAUGUAGUCUUUAAUGUGGCGGCUUUGUAUCUGGUUCUCGAUUUUAAUAUGAAUUAAGUUAUGUGUUUUCAAAAGAAAAAUAAUAAUU